AUGACUAGAGGGCCAUUCCAACGACUAGGAUGCUAUUCCAACAACUUGGAGGCCAUUCCGACGACUUGGAGGCCAUUCCGACGACUAGGAGGCUAUUCCAAUGACUUGGAGGCCAUUCCGACGACCAGGAGGCUAUAUUCCGACGAGUUGGAGGCGAUUCCAACGACUAGGAGGCUAUUCCGACAAGUUGGAGGCCAUUCCAAUGACUAG